AUGAAAUAUUUUGUUUAUCUUGUUAUUGUUAGCUUCGCUUGUCAAAUUUAUUUGAGCAAUGCCCAGUCUUAGACAUGCUCAGACUGUAAUUCUAUCUUAACAGAUGAUGAAAAUAACUAGCUUAAAGAUUGUCUUUAAAAUUGUUAAACUAAAUACGCUAUCCCAAAUAAUUUGUUUUCGCAUUCUAUCUUCACUUAGCAAACUGCUUGCGCUGAUGAUUGCUCAAAUACUGAUUCCAUAAGAAAAUAGAAAAUCUGCAAAAUUAAUAACUGUGGUCCACCUGCUUAAUACUAAGGUGGUACUUUACAAUCAUGCAAGCUUUAACAUUGCAGCCAAUAAUAAACAGAUCUGAACGUAUUUAUAGGAUAAUAAAGCGAAAUAUUGGCUCCAUCAUUAUGUAAAAAUGUAUCUUUUAAAACUGAUGAUGAUUUAAAGUAAGUUAUAAGCACAUGUGUGAAUGCUUUUUAUUAAAAUGCAGAAAAAAGUUUGAAUUUUUCUAAAACCUAACAAUAUUUAGAUCUGCAAAAAUGUAUGACAACUAAUUGCUAUAAAAACCCCAGCUAAAGCACAUUAAGGUGA